ACAACUUGUUUCAAUCUGUCGAAUUUACUCAUUGUUAUCUUCUUGCACUUCCUUAGAUUCGUUUCAGAAAUGUUUCCUGAACGAUGUCUAAAAGCGCAAUGUUCUGUAGUAUUCCAUCCGGAAUGUCCGGCCGAUUCACGACAGGUCAUACUUCCGCCACCACCUGGGGAAUGCUGUGGACGACCGGGAACUUGCCAUUGUGAUUUACAGAAAUGCGAAGCAUUCGUUCCAAUUUGUGAAAAAGGCAUGGAACGUGUGCUUGUAAAAGAAGGCGGAAAUCAGCCUGGCUCGUGUUGUGACGUAUUUGAAUGCCGGAGACGGGAAGUUCAUUGCGAGGCAGUUCGUUGCCCACCACAAGUGUUCGAUGAAGAUGAGGGUGUUGACUGCCCACUGGACAGUGUUCGCCCUGCUGAGCACGUACCACCUGGAAUGUGCUGUCCAAUAAGACCAGGAUGUCGCUGUCGAGCAGCCGUAUGCCGCCCUGCCGUUUGUGAUGAGGGUAAACGACUUCUGAUCAUCCGAAAGGGUACCGGAACACCUGGACGAUGCUGUGAUGAGUGGACAUGCGAAGACGAUCCGCAACUACUUGUAAAUGGAAAGACCUAUUCGGACGGGCAAGAAUGGCAUACAUCAUCAUGUGAAGUAUGUCGAUGUAAGAAAGGAGUCGCUGUGUGCAGUAAAAUGACCUGUCCUAAAACACCUGCUCAAUGCUCAUGGAUUGUAAUACCGGACGGUGAAUGUUGCCCAGUGUGUGUUGGAUGUCAAACGGAAAAGCUCGAAAAGAAACGCAAAAAUGAAAGUUGGCAGAAAGAUGACUGUACAACAUGCACUUGCUCGGAAGAUGGCACACCGCUAUGUGAAAAACACAUGUGCAGCACAGAAUGUGAAAACCCACGUAAAGUUGAAGGACAGUGCUGUCCUGUAUGUGACGAACCACUGUUGCUAACAAUGCCGGUGUCCUGUCCAUCGAUUGAGCACUGCCCGUUACGAUGUGAAGCCGGUCUAAUAAGAGAUGAACGUGGCUGUUUCCAAUGUGAAUGCGUUCCCACAAGUCGUCCAGGUCGUUGCCCUGAACUCUCUGCUCGCAACUGUGACAAGCAGUGUGCUCAUGGCUAUACGAAAGAUGCCAGCGGUUGUGUUGUAUGUAAAUGCGCAAAAUGCCCACCGCUUCAUCAAUGUCUCAAGCAUUGCCUCUACGGUUAUGAGACGAACAGCGUCGGAUGUCCAGUGUGCAAAUGCAGAGCAAAAUUGACGAUACCGGAGAAAAUCGGACGUAUAGCGGGUUGGGACAAAUGCAUCUCGCUCACCGCAUCGGGCCGUAUCGCCGAAAGGGACGGAGGUGAAUGGUGGAGUGAUGGCUGCCGACACUGCUUUUGCGAACAAAAACAGGAGUACUGCUCGUUAAUUUCUUGCGCUCCUCGUCCAGAUGAUUGUCCAGAACAAAGCUGGAUACAAGAAGAAGGUAGAGAGUCAUACUCCAUCAGCUUCCCAAGCAGGAACUAUUGCUCGUAUCAAAGCACGAACACACCGGCAGAGCCCCGUAAAACUCCAUACCAUACCUGGCAACUGGCUCCGUGUGUCUCCUGCACAUGUCGUGUCGGUCAUGUCCUAUGCCGCGCCGUCGAAUGCCCGCCGAUCGCCUGUAACCAUCCCAUUCUACAUCAGGACGACCAAUGCUGCCUUAGAUGUCCACCCAACUCAACCGGAACACCCGAUUCGUCAGUGAUUUGCACCGAUGGCUAUGGUACUGCACACAUGGCUGGUGCUUCUUGGAGAACGGACGACUGCACAUCUUGUGAAUGUGGCCUGGACGGAAAGAUUGUGUGCUAUCGCCAGCAGUGCGACACAGAUGCCACCUGCCGUGGGAAACCACUUACCAUCAAAGGGCAAUGUUGCCCUGUCUGUGAAGACGCCCUCUCGACAUCUGUAUGCUCAUUUGAUUCGUCAGUUUAUGCUGUCGGAGAAGAAUGGCGUCAGGACACUUGCACCAACUGUUCGUGCCAACCGGGUGGACGAACCGUAUGCCGCCAACUCGUCUGCCCUCAAUGUGUCGAGCCGGUACCCAUUGAAGGACAUUGCUGCCCGUUAUGUAAAGGUAAGGUAAUUCUUAAUAGUACAGCCAGAGGUAUUUUCAGUUGGUGUUUCGAUAUUUACUUUUCUAACUUCUUUAUUCUGAAUUUUCUUCUUACUUCAGAUCAAGGCUGGGUGGCGUUCAGUGAAGGUGUCGGUUCGUCAGUAGCACCUCCAGUUGCAUCCCCCAAUCAUCUACCAUUGGUCGGACUCUGCUUCAUGACUCUCGCCAUGAUUGGACUUAUUGUGUUGCUACUCAUUCUCUACAAGAGAAGUCGUGGUGAUACAAAGGUAAUUGAGUUGUGA